UCCCACGGCUCCGGCGUGGCGUACUUCCAGCGGUUUCACUGGCGAUGCAGGAACAUCUUUACGCAAACUUUGGACACGUGCCAUUUGUGUUUCCAGUGGAGGGAUACGCGCCGCUGCAAAUCCCACCAUACAGGGAGUGUUCCCGGGCCGCUAUCCUGUUCAAAUCCCUGGAUGUCCUCCUGGAGGAGCUAUCGAAGAUGUCCGAUUUGAAGCCUUCACUCACAACCAAAAGUAGUAAGACUAAAUCCGAGUCAUCGAAAGCCGCUGAAGAUGAAGUCGCCUUGCGCAUUCACAGUUCAGAAUCUGUGUACACACCAAAAACAUCGCCUCACGCGAUUGUCGACCCUCAGAACGCUGAAUUUAAGAAGAUGUCGAAAAAGGUGUAG